UCUACACUGCCGAAUCUCUCGAUUCCACAGAGUCGACAGAGUGAUAACCAAAAGUAACGUUCUACACCGCAAGGUCUAGAAAAACGAACAGAAAACGAUCGCGGCAAUUGACGGGGAGUUUGUGCCGCCUUCCCCUGACCCUCGUUCACCAUGUCCGCCAAGGAAAGGGACGAUCCCCGGGUUGGUCUCCAAUACAUGUUUAUACAGAGUACAGAUACGCUGCGGGGUGUGGAAAUUGACGCACGGGUGCCCACGGGUUGGAAUGACAAACCACCGCUGCUAGAGGGACCAAGAGGACAACCCGAAACAAUCAAUUUACUCAAAGGGCUGGUCCGACGAGGUGUGCCACCCGUCCUCCGCUGUGCCGUUUGGCUCUCCAACGUGGUGCAAGCCGUACAUCCCCAUCAAGAACCCUCUUACUGGUACGAAUACCGUACCUUGGCCAAAGCCCGGGCUUUGGAUUACGCGUACGAAACUCUCCUCUCCCGUAUCGUGGCCGAGCAGUCGGAAAAUUGCACACCCUCGGAUGACCGAACCCAGCGUCCCAACGUAUGGGAGGCCUUGGACGCACCAACGUACGGACAAGAUCCGCGGAAUCCGGUGUACAUUAACCACACCACCGUCAAUGGAACACUUGCAGCCAGGAAGGUACUCAUUGCCUUGGAACAAAUCCUCGGUCUCGAAUACGCCCCUCUCUUACCCACCGUGGUGCACUUAUGCUUGACCAACAUGGCGGAAUCCUACGCCUUUUGCACGGUCCGCGAAAUGGCGCAAUCCGCCUCGAGGUACAUGCCCACCACCCGACGCGAGCAUUUGGCCUUUGGCAAGGCCUUUCGUGACAUUGUCCAUAAAUUGCACGAGAAAACUGCGGAAUACCUCGAGGACCGGGGACUACUCGAUCCCGAAAAUCUCACGUGCAUUUUCCAAAACAUGUUUAUCGGCAUUCUACCCAUGCAUCUCGUACUACGACUCUUUGACAUGUAUACCUUGGAAGGCCACAAGGUACUCUUCCGAUUCGGGGUUGCCCUCAUGGUGCUUUACAAAAUGGAAGCGGCCGAAAAGCUUAUCACGAUAAGCAACCACGUAGAGUUUUGGGAUCACCUCAAGAUUUGGGCACACGAUCCGAGAUUCAAUUUUGACUUUGUUGUCCGCAAGGCCUACGGUGUCCACGGACGGCUCGUCCGUAAGCAAUUGCGAUUUCCUUCCCGCCAGGUACUGCGACGCAUCAUUAAACUCGAAGAGCAGCGGCUGAUAGAAGACGGCGGCAUGGACGACGAGAACCCGCAAUCAGCCGCGCGACCGGUCGGCCUAGUCCAACGGAAUGUGAUACUCGAAGGCGGCGAAGUGGUCAAACCGGUACUGGCCCAAUCCACCCAGGCCCGGACAUAUCUGGCCACCUGGCUGCCGCUGGCCAUGAGAUUGACCAAUCUGGAUUUGCUGUACUCCACCAACUAUCACGGUCGAUCGCUUGAACGCUUCUACUCGCACGUGAAAACGUCGAAACACACCUUCGUUUUGUGUGAAGUCUUGGACGGUUCCGUGGCGUCAAACGGGACCCCUACUAUCGUUGGGAUGUACGCCUCACAAGCUUGGCGGGCAUCUCCCCGUGUUUACGGAGACGGCGAGUGCUUUCUAUUCCGUUUAUCGCCAGACGCUGAAUGUUGGACAUGGCAUCCCAUACCAAUGACCGCCGAUGCGGGGGACACCUUUUCUGAAAACAACGAAACCGCCCUUUUGGAACAGUUUAUGGUUGGCACGCGUACUUAUAUUUCCAUGGGCGGCAAUCCCGAUGGCUCUUGCGGCCUACGACUCAAUGAAGAUUUGACCGUGGGAGAAUCCUCGCCCGCCGUCGGGUUCGAGAACGAACCCCUGCACGGUACUGGCCGCAACAGCGUCUUUCAAAUUGGUCUGGUGGAAGCGUACGGAUUCACCCGCCAAAUUGACGGACGCCCCAUUUAA